AUGGUACGUUAUGCAAUAUUUGAUAAACCAUUUAGUUUAUACUACAAUCUUGGAACUUCUAAGAACAAAGUUGCACUUGGUGCCCCAUCGACCUGCAUUCGGAACUGCCAGUCAACGAACUCGCCUGUGUGUGGAUCGGAUGGACGCACGUAUAUGAAUUCCUGUGAUCUGUACAACGCCAACUGCAGAGCCAAGGAACUGGGUCUUACACACAUCCGCUACUCUCACAGCGGGGCUUGUGGCAACCUCCUCGGCGGCCACAACACCGUCUCUUGUGGCCAGAUCUGCGACGAGGAAAAGUCCCCAAUCUGCGCAUCCGACGGUGUUGUGUACGACAACAACUGUCGCUUCACCCAGGCCCAGUGUGAUGCUGCCAAGAACGGCACCCGUCUCUCCAUUGUGUCGUACAGCUCUACCUGCCCCACGCCUGUGGAGGCUGACUGUGAGAAGUAUGCGGUGAACACAACGGACAUCGCUAUAGAAGGACCCCUCGGUGGCACUAUCAAGACAUUCUGCCCGCAGAGCCAAAUGUCAGUUUGUACCAACCAUGGAACAUUCAGAGGCGAAUGCCAAUUGUGCCAAUACAUCAACUCGUAUAUUGACAAAGUCAAGUACAACCCUACAAUUCAAGUGCCAGACUUCAAGAUCCUUUACAAUGGCACUUGCCACAGCGUGGGACGUCCAGGGUACUUCCCGGGAGGCAUCAUGCCCUUGUAA